AUGCUGGUUUUCGCCCCCGUUCUUCUACUAGGGCUGAUCGCACGGUCCGUCGCCGGUCCAGUAGCUCACACAUCGAACGGUGACAUUGUUGGUCAUAGCUCUCCCGUACACCCGGAAGUGACUGAGUAUUUGGGAAUUCCGUAUGCUGCUCCGCCAGUUGGUGAGCUGCGCUUUGAGCCACCGCAAGCGUAUCAUGGGAGGCCAAGAUAUGUUGCCAGCCGCUAUGUAUGUUUUGACUGCCCAUACACUGCUAUGUCAACGAUAAACUACCCCCAUAAAACACCCCAGUUCAAUCGGAUUAUGAACGCCUUUACCUCCAUGAACAACAAUAACAGUCACAGCGAGGAUUGCCUAACACUGAAUGUUUGGAACAAGUAUGGACGGGCUAGUACACUAAAACCCGUUCUAGUUCAUUUUCAUGGAGGGCGAUGGACUUCUGGAACAACUAAUACCCCUUAUUACGAUGGGGCGAAUCUUGCCUCUACUGAGGACAUUAUCGUUGUUACUGCCACAUACCGCAUGAACGUUUUUGGAUUCCCUGGUAUUCCUGGGAAACAGUCCAACCUUGGACUUCUCGACCAGCGCAAGGCAGUGGAGUGGGUACGGGACAAUAUCAAAGCAUUUGGCGGCGACCCUGACCGAAUCACCAUGUCUGGUCAAUCCUGUGGUAGUGCUGCAGCUGACUAUUGGGCGUAUUCUUAUCGCAACGAUCCUAUCGUCGCUGGUUUCAUCUCGCACUCAGGGACGGCGGAGAGUUUCCCUGCAAACUCCCCAGAGUUGUCCGCACAGCACUGGAAGGAGCUUACCUCGCUAUUAGGAUGUAACUCGGGAGAUGUUCUCAGGUGCAUGAAGAAGCAGAAUAUGACUUCAUUAUUGAACGCAUCCGGCAAAAUCAAGCCUCCUGCGUCUAGCAGUGCAGCUCGGACACCACCUGCCUUCCAGCCAACUGUAGACAAUGUGACUGUCCUCAGUGACUACCAGCCACUUGCGAGAGCAGGCAAAUUUGCACGUAUUCCCUACCUCGCUGGCCACAACCAUAACGAAGCUGGUUUCUAUAUGGUUUCUGCCUGGGCCAAGGGGUCUCUUCUACCCGAGUCAGAAUGGCAAGCCUUCAAUAAGGAGACAUUCACCUGUCCUACUGAUGACGCAGUCAUGGCUCGGAUACGUGCGGGAGUCCCUGCUUGGCGAUUCCGCUACUUUGCAGAUUGGGAUAACACCCGCCUCCACCCAACCAGUGGUGCUUAUCAUGGCGUUGAAUUGAAUAUGAUCUUUGGUGAUUCAAAAGCCAUGACACACAUUCCCGAGAGUGCUCCACAGUUACAACUACAGAAGAAGAUGCAGCAAGCUUGGGCCGCCUUUGUGUUGGAUCCUCGCCAUGGUUUGGAAAAGCUUGGGUGGCCGCAGUUUUCGUUGAAUGAGAGCACGUUGAUCUCGUUGGGUGAAAAUAAUACCCCUGAUGUGAAAUUCACACAUCCGUCGGCAUACAAUGCGGAGUGUUGGAAUACUACGGCAUAG